GUAAAACACUGUAUCAAGAGGUACAUCUAAAUAAUUGAUUAUGGUUUAAUGUUUAAUGCUACGAUACGAAGCUUUAAUGAAUCAACCGCGUUUUUCCGUUAUUCCGGAACCGUAAUUCCGCCAUUUUGGGAUUCCUAGAGCGUGUUGACUUAAUAAUUCAUACAGCGUGAGCUUCAUAAGACAUCAAGCAUAACGAGCCUUAUCCAUAAUGUUGUCAGAAUGAUACUUCGCUUUCGUUAAUGCACGAUGGCUGACAAAGGAAAUGGAGAAAAGGCUGGUGAAAAGAGUUUCUUUGCCAGAACAGCAAAAAAUACAACAAAGAAAGCUAAAAGGGCUCAAGAGAAGGUGAAAAGAAAACUCGGCAAAUCUCACGAGACGAAGGAUCAAGCAUUCGAUACCUUUGUGGAUAAUUUCAAUAAACAACAGGAUGCUGUGCAAAGAUUACAAAAAGAACUAAAAAAUUACAUUAACUGUCUUAAAGCCAUGUUAAAUGCCAAUCAACUAUUUGCGGAGGCAGUCAAACAGGUGUAUGAGCCAGAAUGGUCUGGUAGGAAAAAGUUUGUGGACCUUUUGGAUUCCCUUGAUCACAGUUGGACUAAAUUGGUGCAUCAAAUCCAGAAUGAUGUUCUUGAUCCCUUGACUUCAUACCAAAUGCAGUUUCCUGAAACUAAGAAUCGCAUUGCCAAACGAAGUCGUAAAGUCGUUGAUUACGAUAGGUAUCGCCAUCAUUUAGAGACGCUGAAAACGAAAGGUGGCAAAACUGGGGAUCCCAAGAAAAUAUCACAGGCUGAAGAAGAGUAUAAUCAAGCAAAGAAUGCAUACCUUCAACUUCAUUCCGAUCUUUACGAGGAGCUGCCAGCCCUAUAUGACAGUCGUAUUUCUUUCUAUAUUUCUUCAUUUCAAUCCAUAUUCACGGCUGAAGGAGUAUUUCAUCGGGAGAUGACAAAGAUGAAAACAGAGAUGAAUGAUCUUUUGGAUGUAUUAGCAAAGGAAACUUCGGAUGGACUCUACUCAACACGUCGACCAUUAAGUGUUGUUAGCAAUGCGUCAUCUGAUGGUGACAGCUCGUCGGAAAGUAAACCGUCGAAACUUGAACUUACAGAUGAAAAUUCUGAAAAUGAGACAUCAGAAAAUGAUGAAGUCCACGAUGUAGUUGGUCAUUCAAAUGAUGAACAUACUGAAAAGGAGAAAUUGAAACGUAAUCCACCUCCUCGACCUCCUCCUGUUGAGAAAAAAGACCACGUUGACGAAACUGUUUCGAGCAGAAAAACAUCUGACGAUGCUGAAAAGUGCGACAGCAAUGAUUCUAUAGAUACAAUAAAGGAUAUCCAAGGUUUACAUGAGACGAAAUUUGAAGCUUCAAAUGAAGAUAAAUCAACUGAAAUCGCUACGGAAACCGUAGAAGAAGACAAUAGUGUGAAUGAUACGAACAAAGAUGAAGUAGAUGGGAAGCAAGAAGUUAAGGGUGAGGAUAAUGUCCAAGAAGAAAGCAACGCUGGAGAAAAGGAUAAACCCGAUGAAACAGAUGGCAUAAGAGACGUCGAUAAAGAGAAGGGUACUGACGACGUAAACGAGGAUAUGAAUAAGACAUCUAUCGAUCAUAGCUCGUUGCCAUAUUUGUAUAAGGUAGAGGUGACCCAUCCUUACACUGGUGAGGACGAUGAUGAACUUACACUUGAAAAAGGAGAUAUUAUUCAAGUAAUACCUUAUAGCGAGUCAGAUGAUCCGGAUGAUGGAUGGUUGCUUGGAAGAUUGGAAAGUACUGGUGAGAAGGGUGUUUUCCCUGAAAACUUUACGAAACGAUUGGAAAAAUGAAAUUGCUUUUCUUGUGAACUUGUAACCAUUGAAUGCUUCACAUAUCUGUGAUUUUGGAUUAUUUAAAGACGAAAUGUCGUAUAGUUUAUUAAAAAAAUAUUGCAUUUUCAUGGUCUUAGCGAUUAAAUUUACGAAAAUUGCGUCAAACAAUGCAAGCAAUACUGUUUUUCUUUCAAUAAAGCAAUUUUUAAGGUAUAAUUUUGUCAUUUUGAACAGUAAGGCCAUGGAUAUGAAUUUUUCUCUGUUGAAAUGUAUACGUGCACGUAUGUAUGAGCUUGUAUGUUUUGUAUUUUUUGAACAUUACAUUUAUUUAAUGUUGCCAAUAGUCGCAAGUGCAUGUUUUUAGAAAAAAGAUAAAAUUUUCAUAAAUUCUGUGAUGUUAACUGGUAGAUUUUUCAAAUUAAUAAAAUUUUAAAAAAAUUUGAACAUUAAAUGAGUUCUGCUGUA